GAUACUGGUAUCUCCAACAAGGCCAUGUCCAUCUUGAACUCUUUCGUCAAUGAUAUCUUUGAACGUAUCGCCUCCGAAGCUUCCAAGUUAGCUGCCUACAACAAGCGUUCCACCAUUUCUUCUCGCGAAAUCCAAACCGCUGUUCGUCUCAUUCUUCCUGGAGAACUCGCCAAGCAUGCCGUCUCUGAAGGUACCAAGGCUGUCACCAAGUACACUUCUUCCAAAUAAAUCAAUCCUCCUUCAAACAACCCAUCAACCCCCACAAAAAAAAAAAAAUGACAUGGACGAACAAAAAAUAAGAAAAUAUUUUCACAUAUUCCCUUUAUUUUUUUAUUUUUUUAAGUCUUUUUUUUUUUUUUUUUU